AUGGCGAACGCUUUCGGUUCGGCAUGGCGCUCCUUUUGGCAUACCAUGACCUCCUAUGACCGUCAUGCCUCUCACGAUUCUCCCUAUCGCACCGGUCGACACGUCCCCCUGAGCCAAAGCCGCCAUGAACCUCUCACCUCCAUUGCUACCAGCGCUAUCGAGUCCCGCCCCGACCUCACCAGCCCUUACGACGACGAGACAACCAAGGGCUUGGCAUCCGCACAAGCGACCGAAUGGAACGGCUCUCCAACCGAGGUGGGCUCGCCAAACCGUCCCUAUUCCCCGGGAAUGCGAUCGCUUGCCUCUCAAAAACGCGGCUCCAACGAGGGGCCUGAUGGUCCGGCAGAGAUCCAGAUGCAGAGCUUCCAUGACGGCGCGCCCCCUCCACCCCCGGUCGCUCACUCCUGGCGAAAGAUUGAGCGGUGGUUGGAGCACAACUACGAGGAACUGUUGGAUAACCUCGGCGAAGGAUGCACACAAAACGACAUUAAUGAAUUGGAACACGAGCUGGAUGCCACUCUGCCCCUGGAGUUGCGCGAGUCGUUGAUGAUUCACGACGGCCAGGAGCGGCCCGGUCUGCCCACGGGUGUCUUGUUCAGCUCUAUGCUUUUGGACUGCGAAGAGAUUGUGCAAGAGCGGAGAAACUGGAAGACUGUAAAUGACGAAUUCCUGAGCCACAAUGCUCCCCUUUCUGCGCCGGUAUCUAGCUCUGCCGCAAGCUCGUCCUCUGCUGCUCAGCAACAAAGCAACCCGGGCGCGUGGCGCAAUGAUCUGCUCGACCGCCAGGAUUCGCAACCACCGGGCGCCGUGCAAAAGGCAUAUGCCCACCCCGGCUGGAUUCCGGUCGCCCGUGACUGGGGCGGCAACCACAUCGCCAUUGAUCUGGCUCCUGGGCCUGCUGGCAAAUGGGGCCAGGUCAUCAUCUUUGGCCGCGACUACGACUGUAAAUACGUGAUUGCGCGGUCGUGGGCAGCGUUCCUGGCCGUCUUCGCGGAGGAUCUAUGCAGCGGCAAGACCUUUGUUAACGAGGAGACCAACGAGAUGAAGCUGAGGGAGUUCAAGUCGCAGAAUGUUGAGCCACCAUAUUUGGAGAUUUUGCGCUGGCGGACGGAUCAGAAGUACGGACGUCGGGCGCCGCGACGACGUGGUCCCAAUGGUCUGGGUGCGAAUGCCAAUGGCAAAUCCAGCAGUCGGGAUUCACCAUAUGGCAGCCCAACUCGGGCCGAGGAGCGUGGCCGCUCCCCGCAUCGGUUCUCCAAGGGCCCUGUGCAAAGCCCCAAGACGCCAUUCGGCGUAUCUAGCCCUCUUGCUCGUGUGACGGAGGAAACUUCGAGUCCCGUUACCACUGCCGGCCCAACGAUCUCGGAGGAUCCCCGGGAGAACGGCAAGGAGGUCGAGCAGACUGAAGAUCUGAUGGAGGUUGCUACGCCGCAGAUCUCCAACAAGGAGAACGAGGGAUUCCCCGAGAAGACGACCGAGACGAAGGUGGCCGAGAGUGAGAAGACCGAGAAGAGCGAAAAGAGUGACGGGACUGCAGAGCCCUCGAGCGUUAUGGACUCGGAGGUUCUUGGAGAGAUGAAGAACGUGGCUAUUUAG